UAGCUAGCUAGCUGGCCUGACGUUACUAACGUUACUCGGGAUGGGAGGAAUUCAUACGUUUAUACAGCUGGGGAAUUAACCAGCGAGCUAAUUGGCGACAGGCUAACACUGCACACUUCAGAUUAACGUAUUGGUAGUAUAAUAAUUAAGAAGAUCCGAUAAUCUCAGCUAUUUUAAUUCCGAAGGUCGCAUGUGGACUAGCCAAAAGAUGAACGCCAGAUCAAGGGGGUGGUGUAUGUCUAUAUUGACGCUUUUCCUGCUUCUGUUGAACACGUCUGUGAAGUCUGCUUCCGAGAUUGACCCUUACAAAGUUCUUGGAGUGACCAAGAGCAGUAGUCAAGCAGAAAUCAAGAAAAUGUACAAGCAGCUAGCUAAGGAAUGGCAUCCGGACAAGAACAAAAAUCCCGAGGCCGAGGAUAUGUUUAUCAAGAUUACCAAAUCUUAUGAGGUCUUAUCCAACGAGGAGAAGAGGGCGAACUACGACCGUUAUGGGCAGAUCGAUGAGAACCAGCAGUUCAGCCAGCAGCAGCAGGGCUACCGUCAUUUCCACAAUGGUUUCUACUUUGAUGAGGCCUUCUUCCACUUCCCCUUCAACAAUAAGGGAAGCCGUGACCCUGCGGACAGCAAGUAUGCACUGCACUACAACCAGUAUGUCAACGAAGUGGUACCAGACAGCUUCAGGCGGCCAUAUUUGAUCAAGAUCACGUCUGACUGGUGUUUCAGUUGCAUCCACAUUGAGCCAGUUUGGAAGGAGACGGUGCAAGAGCUGGAGGCUUUAGGGGUGGGCAUUGGUGUCGUGGAUGUUGGCUACGAGCGACGGUUGGCCAAUCAACUGGGUGCUCACCGCACACCCUCCAUAUUAGGGGUGAUCAACGGUAAAGUCACUUUCUUCCACUAUGCUGUGGUCAGGGAACACCUGAAGCAGUUUGUUGAGGAUUUGCUUCCACAGAGACUGGUAGAGAAGGUGACAGACAGGAAUGACCUGCAGUUUUUGAACAGCUGGCAUGAGCUAAACAAGCCCCAUGUGCUGCUGUUUGACCAAGUGUCUGCGGUCCCUCUCCUGUUCAAGCUGACCGCAUUCGCCUACAAGGAAUACGUGGAGUUUGGGUAUGUGGACCAGGGCCUGUCGGAGACGGCAAACCUUCUGAAGCAGUUUAACAUCAACACCUAUGCCCCGACUAUGCUUGUCUUUAAGGAGAACACAGACAAGCCAGCUGACAUCAUACAAGCCAAAGGGAUGAAGAAGCAAAUCAUUGAUGAGUUCAUCUCCAAUAACAAGUUCCUCCUCGCUCCUCGAUUAGUCAACCAGAAACUGUUCGAUGAGCUCUGUCCCGUGAAGCAGUUUCACCGGCGGAGGAAGUACUGUGUGUUGCUGAUCACUGGGGAAGAGGAGUCUUUCACUCCUGGGAACAAGGCCUUCCUCUCCUUGGCCUCCUCUAACACCAAGGAGGUCCUCAGGUUCACCUACGUCUACCAGAGGCAGCAGCAGUCCCUGUGCGAGGCCCUGCUGAAGACCCGAGACAGCACCCCACCUCAGGUGGUAAUCCUGGAGAGGCGUAACGCAGCAGGGAAGGUGCUGUACAAGCAUGUGAUGGGGGGCUGGAACGGCAGUGAGGAGGACAAGCAGAAGCUUCUGGAAGAGCUAGAGGUCCUGCAGAAAGACCCCUCCAUCCUUAACUAUGACGCCACACUGCCGGAGCUCAACAACGAGCUGGCCUCUAUGUUUCUCAUUCAGUGGAUUUACACAGCCUACGAUUACCUCACUCAAAUCGGAGAGGAUCUCCUGCACAAUAACUGGCGUGAAAUGAUGCCCCUGUUGUCUCUGUUAUUUUCGGCGUUGUUCAUCUUAUUUGGUACAGUCAUCAUCCAGGCCUUCAGUGACUCUGGUGAAGACAAGGAGUCAAAACCAAAGGCAAAAGACGCUGCCAAGACUGAGAACGGGUCACCUGACCCUGCAAGCACAUCAAGUCGCCCUCCAAAGAAGAACUUUGUGGAGGUGACGGAGUUGACGGACAUCACGUACACCAGCAACCUGGUGAAGCUGAGGCCGGGGCACAUCAACGUGGUGCUCGUUCUCACCGACUCCUCCAAAAACAUCCUGCUCAGCAAGUUUGCCAAGGAGGUGUACUCUUUCACUGGGAGCCUGACCCUGCACUUCUCCUUCCUGAACGUGGACAAGCACAGCGAGUGGAUGGAAGCUCUGCUGGAGGUGGCCCCAGAGGCCCUCCGGGCAGACGGAGACGAUGACGAGGCCAGCCACAGGAUGGACUACACAGGCUAUGUGCUGGCUCUCAACGGCCACAAGAAGUACCUCUGCCUCUUCAGGCCUGUCUACACCGGCGAGGACCCGGAUGCCAAGUCCUCCGAGGAGGAAGGGGGCGCCGGCGGGGGGCGGUCCAGGUCCGGCUCCCGGGAGGACCAGCACCCCCGCAAGGCUGUGACCCGCUCCCGCUCCACCUCCACCCUCCAGAUCCACCACAAACUGGACCGGCUAGGCCUGUGGAUGGAGCGGCUGAUGGAGGGAACCCUGCCCCGUUACUACAUCCCUGCUUGGCCCAGCCUGGAGAAGAUCACUGCCAACAAGUAGACCGUAGGUCAGGUGGUUGGAAUCCCACACCGUAUCUCACCCUACCCCCAGUUAAGCUACGGAAGCUUUAGGGCAUCCCAUCUAGAAGGCGAGAGGCUCUCGGAACUCUACAAGUUGUAGUUAGGAGGCUGGUUGGCACACUUCGCUCCUGGGAUAUCUUUGAUGGAGAUACUUUGGCCAUGCAAAUAGCUGGUCCCCCCUGCCCUGCCCGCUGGUGCCAAUAGUGUGUCAUCGCUUUACAGACCCUGUCUGAACUCCAUCCGAUCCUAAUCCCCUCUCAGUGGUCUCCUCAUAGCCUGUCGUUCUGUUGUGGGUCAGUCAUAAUAACUGCUGCCAUAUACACGUUUAGAAUAACAACCUGAAUCACUGUGAGUGUGAAUAGCAUUCUAUGGCCCUCAUCAACCUAUACUGCCUGCAUUUUAGAAAUCAAUCUCAUUUGUUUUCAGCUGCAUGUCUGAUGAGUCAGAUCUACAUAACCAACACAUGCCCCUGGCUAUUUUCAGCUCUCAGUCAACUCCCCUCAACAUUUCUCUUCCUUGCUUGUGUGAAGUAAGCCUUUUUGUUUCUAGCCGUAUCUGUUUCUUGGUGCUUUUUACUAAUUGGUGUCAAAUAGUGUGCUCAGUACUAGGUCACAUUACAUACCUGCUUCCUUACGGUAAAUGCAUGUUCAAGAUCUUUGCAUUGUGUAAGAUGCUUGGUUUGUUGUUGGUACUGCAGCGAUUGAAUAUAUUCCCAACAAACUGCAUAUUCUCUUCAACCCAUAAAACCAGUUUGUGGGAUGCAAAUCUUAUCACCAAUAGCACUAUGUAGCAGUGACGCCUCUUGAACUGACACUAGCGAAAUGGUAAUGUUUGAUAAUACGAGAUUUUUCUGUAAAUAGGUCUCCUAUGGUUACUGAUAUGACAGUGAUGCUUUAUAAUCACUGCACAAAUUGUUAACAAAAGUGCUCGAUUUGUAAAUAAUCAAAACUGACAGACAAUUUUUGUAUGUCACCGAGUCUUAGAAAACUGUUAUGAGAUUACACCAUUAUCUGGGCUGUGAAUUCUAGAGGUUAAUAAAGGUGAAAUUUGUAUUGUG